CAUCUCUCCCCGCAGAGACUUAUAACCUGCGAUCCCCAACCACCACUUCCCUCUGCACACUGCACAGCACACUGCACAACUGGGGUCAAUCGACAAGAUGGCCCUCACUCUCCUCCCGUAUGCGUAUGCGGGCAACAUCUCCUCCGCCUUCCAAGUGUACGAUCCAGGCUUCCUCAACAUCACCGGGGCCCAUCCCACCAUCUCCAUCCUCCUCAGCAACACCACUGCCUUCGCCCACGAAGGCCCCGUCUACCUCCCCACCACCAACACCCUGUACAUGACCAGCAACAUCCUCACCGACCCGACCACCAACCAGACCACCAUCCAGAUCUCCAAGGUCGACCUGGACGCCCACCCGCUCACCGCGGAGAUCGUUCGUCCCUCCCCGCCCAUCCCCAACCCCAACGGCGGCAUCGCCUACGGGGAUGGGAUCCUGUACUGCGGCCUGGGCAACUUCACCGACCCCGCCGGGUUGUACGUGAUGUCUCUGGCCGCCGCCACCACCACCAACAACGAAUCCGCACAAGGAUCCUACGCAACCACCCCGCUGCUGACCAGCUUCUACUCGCGUCCCUUCAACUCCCCCAACGACGUCGUCGUGCACCCCACCGACGGGGGCAUCUACUUCACCGACCCGACGUACGGCUCCAUCCAGGGCCUGCGACCUGCCCCGCAGCUCCCGAAUCAGGUCUACCGGUUCGAUCCCGUCAGUGGCAAUGUGCGGGUCGUGGCCGAUGGGUUCGUCAAGCCGAAUGGACUGAGUUUCUCCCCCGAUGGACGGGUCUUGUAUGUGACCGAUACGGGGUAUGCGCUGGGCAAUGGGAGUUUCGAUCCGUUGAUGCCUGCUACGAUCUACGCUUAUGACGUAUCCCUCAUCCACAACCAACCCGCCCUCACUCACCGUCGCGUCUUCGUGAUGGCUGACAACGGGGUCCCCGAUGGCAUCAAGGUCGAUGCGCAGGGCAAUGUCUACGCCGGAUGCGGCGACGGGGUGAAUGUCUGGUCCAGUGGCGGGGUGCUGCUGGGUAAGAUCCUCGUGGAGGGCGGAGUGGCGAAUUUCGCGUUUGGGAGGACGGGGGAGAUGUUUUUGAUGGCGGAGGAGAGGAUCUAUCAUGUCAUGUUCAAUUGAGGGAUUCGAUUGGGGGUUGUCGGGGGGUUGCAUCACGAUAAUUAGUAUAGUAUAGUAUUGUGGAUUGGGGGGAGUACAUUCUGUGUACUCUGUAUGGUGGACAAGAGAAAGGGAAGGAAAAGGGGGUCAGCUGGAGCUGUAUUGAUCUAAUCUUUAUGUAUAUAUGGCUUAUCAUACGACAUACACAACGCACAAGCGGUACGGAAACACCCCUGCUGAUGUAGCACCAGUACAGCGAG